CCCCCCCCCCCCCCCCCCAUGAGGAGCUGCAGCUCGCUCGCAGACUCUGGGCGCUCCGUGCCCUGAUUGAGCCCAACAGCUGAGAGAGAUGAAGUAAGAGGGGUCUACCGUGGAAAAGGAAGGUUUGGAAGAUGUUACGUUGGACAACUAUCGUUUUGUGUUAGUCCUGAAAAACAGCGAAGUGGGACCUCUACAGCACUAUAUUGUGCAUUUAUGUGACAGUGCGCCAGUCCGAAAACAGCGGCGAGACUGACAGUUACCAACAGCCGCUUUCGGACGCCUAUUUUUAGGAUCCGAAGAUCCCUGCAGAAGGAAGGAGAAAAUAGUUAUUUUUUAAAAAAACUUCAGGGUCAGAACGGCGUUAUAUGGAUCGAUCGGGACAUUAAUAGCUGUGUCCUACUGUCCGAUUCGCUCGGCGGUCUGGCUGGCAUCGGCUGGUUUACAUGCCCAUGGGGAGAUGAAUGCUGGGGAUAGAUGAGACUCCAUUUGGGCUGUCUGUCAAUUAUUGUAUCCCCACGGACUCCAAGACCGCAGCAGCUUCAGCUGGAAUAAACAGACUAUAACUGGAGCGCGUCGGGAGGCGAUUGCAUUUUCCAUCCCGCAUUUAUGCAUUGAUUUAUUUCUUCAUGAAAGCUGUGGAUCCCAGCACUUCAGAUAAAAAAAACACCCAUUUUAGGAGACACACCUCGUUUUUUUUCCUCUAUGUGUCUGACAGUGAAGAAGGGAGAAUCCAGCUUUUUUGCGGAAGUUUUGCGUUGAAGUCAAACUUUGCCGAACCGGACUGAUGUGUGAUUUUUCAGCAGAGGAUUAAGACUAUAAAGCAGCUGAACUGAAACGUCUGCAGCGACCAGCAACAAAAACAACAAGGGCGGCUCUCUAAGAGAACAAUGGAGCGAUAGAUCACAGACAAAAUGAGGCCUGAAGAGAUGCUGUUCCUCCUCCUGCUCUCUGCUGUGGUUCCAGGCUCCACCCAGGAGGACCCCCCUCCCCGUGGCUGUCCGCCAGACCUGCCGCGGUCGUACUGGGUCCUGUGCAGCCUGGAGGCGGUGUGGGGUGUGGUCCUGGAGGCGGCGUCGGGUGCCGGGGCACUGGGGGCGCUGCUGCUGGCCAUGGUGCUGCUGUUCUACCGUCUGCGUCGCAUCGACGAGCCGGAGCAGCGCAGCAGGGUGGCGCCAUUGCUCCUGCUCCUGCCGGGCGUGGCGGCUCUUUUUGGCCUGACCUUCGCCUUCCUCAUCGAGGAUGGCGAGCCGCUCUGCGUGGUGCGCCGUGCCCUCUGGGGGCCACUGUUCGCCCUCUGCUUCUCCUGCCUGCUGGUCCAGGCGGUUCGGCUUUGGUGGCCACCGCGAGGCGGGAGCUCCCAGGGCAGAGGGUGCCCGAGAGGUGCCGUGCUGGUGGGUCUGGCCGUGGCUCUGACACUGGUCCAGGGCAUCAUCACAGCUGAGUGGCUGCUGUUGACGGUGGUGCGCCUAGAUCUGCCAGCCUGCCAGUACCAGCCUCUGGACUUCGGGCUCUCCUGCACCUAUGUAGCACUGCUGCUGCUGGUAGCUCUGGUGGCCUCAGGCUGCACCCUGUGCCGGAGGGGGCGGCGGCGCCGCUGCGAAGGCGUGUGGCUCUUCCUGGUCUGUCUGACCUCGGCACUGCUGUGGGCUGCCUGGCUGAGCUUCUAUCUGUAUGGCAACGAGGCCCUGGGCCGCGCCCCCAGCUGGGAUAGGCCCGUGCUGUCGGGGACACUAGUGGCGCAGGGCUGGCUCUUACUGCUGCUCUAUGCUGUCCCAGAGGCCCACGCCUGCCUGAGUCCCUUGGCCUCGGCCUCAAUCCCGGAUUAUUUUGACACCUCUCAGUCUCACCCACGCAUGAGGGACACAAGCGUCUAUGACGUACUGCCCAUGCAGUACAUGGAGAACCAGGCCUUUGCCUUUGAUGAGCACAGCGCAGCUCUGAGGUCAGGCAGCAAUCCCAACGGACAUCUGGGCAUCCGGAGCAGCGCCCCCUUCCGUAGCAACAUCUACCAGCCCACUGAGAUGACCGUGGUACUGAACGGGGGCACGGACGCUCACAGCCGCUGUCCCAGCAUGAACCACUCCCAGCCAGGGACGUUCCAUGACUCAUUCUGGCAACGCUGUCCUUUUGGAGGAUAUAGAUCCCAACUGCACCCCCCAACUACACAGGAAGGCACCUGUGGUGAGGGCAGGGCUGGAACUGAGGUGCCCACCUCCAGGAGUUGGGGUUGGAGGGACACGGAACCAUGGACCCAGGAGGUGGACCGUCAGCAGGGUUUGUUCCUGGACGCCAACAAGAAGCCGAUGCACUACUUUGUGUCUGAGAAAGACUGAACUGGCAAAACUGAUGGCGGAGGAGGAGAAUCUGGAAAGGUGAACAUCUAUGUGAGGAACAUGCUGAUCCCAAACUGUGGUAAUUCAUCCAAGCGUGGAGAGCAGUGGGAAAAGGUUGGGUUUCACAGUGACAGUGGAUAUCCUCUCGUGUGAAGGAUGGACAUGAUGACCUUUCACUUUUCAUCUUCCACAGUAGAGGUGUCAAGGUGGAGACAGUGUUACAUCUUCUGAACCCACUGGGAUGAUCAGAUCCAACAUGAGGUGUCCGUGUGUUUGGGCCAGACUUUCAGAUGGGCAGUGGACUGAUGACACUGUCCAUUGUGCCAGUUUUGUCUCUGUGUGGAACGUCACACUGUGCGUUCGAUCUUUUGACCUGGUGCUGGGAUUCCAGCUGCAGACAAAGGAGCCGCAGUAACCAUAGCUUUUCGUUGUUUUUGUAGAGCAGGUCCUGAGAAGAGUUCAUGUUUUUUGCACAAUAUGCUGAAAGAGAGUCAUUCAUAGGUGCUGCAUAGCUCUAGUGUGACUGUGAACAUGCUAAUGGCCCAAACCCAGAACACGAUGUUGGGGUUUUCGCAUUGGACGCUUGAGGAUGCUUGGUUCCGGUUCUGUUGCUUGGUGUGGGAUACAAAACAAAGCCAGGUUUAACCCUUGGAGUCAGGAAGUUUCAUCCUCUGAUUCUCAUUUUCCGGAUUUCACUGUCCACGUUUGACACCUUUUCAGGUCCCUGACAGUAUCAUUUCUCCUGUUGAUUGGUUGAAAGCCAAUACAGCUAAAGUUUUUCACUCUCAGCCUCAGCGAUUAGUCCUGCAUAUAAAUUGGCACGUCUUCGCCCGGGGCACCCGUGACAGAUGCUGCUCUUCUUGAUCUCGAAGAAACAUGUCAUUAGUUUAGCUUCAGCACACAUUUAGGAAUUGAAAGAAGUCACGAGAUUCAGCAUCACGGGUCUCCCGACACUCAACAAAACAUAAAGACACAGAAAGUGUCAGAUUCUCCACUUUUUCAGGUUUUGAUGUUGUAGCUGACUGAACAAAUGAUAGAGUUUCAUUGUGUCUGAGAUAAUUUGAUGGAAUAUUCGUCCCGCUUUUCCCCCGGAGCUUGUGACUUAUUCCUCUACCAAUGAGUGCUAAGAGUGACUGACUUUUGCUGUAACUUGCCUGUCAUCUUUAAAGGUUUAUAUUGUGCUGUCUGGACAGACGACUGGACUAUUUAUACAUUUGUAAGAGAAGCCUUCGGUUCUCACAGUGAUGUUUUCCACCUUAUGACGUUCCUGCACUGGCAUCAGCCCUGGGUCCUGGGGUGACCCCGACCACCCCAGCCCUCGUCUUCGGGCUGGAAAUGCAGGCCUGAGCCCCAGGUGGGGAGAACCUCAGGCAGCAGUAGAUGGACAGGAGGGGGCACAGAGUGACUACCGACGGCUUCUAAGAUUUUAGACCACCAACAUACCUUUGCACAUCCAAUUCUUACCUUUAACUAACAGACCUGUAAGACGAUUUAGCUCUACAAAUGCAGAAUAAUAUUUUGUGACAGGCUAAAAAAUAUCACAAGCAUGAUGUAACAAAUAAAAGAAAAGUAUUUGGUGGGACAGAGGACUUAAUGUUGGGAUCAUUUUACCUUUUUAAUGAGAGUGGUUUUCUUUGGUACUCUGCUAUGAUCCCGGAUCACUGGAGUCACGGAAUCCAUGCUGGCUCAGGUGCUGUCAUCGUGGGCUUUGGAUGAGGGGCUUGACCCGCACCUUGAGUUCCAUGCCUCCCGUCGCCAUGACUGCGGACCAUACCAUACCAGGCCAGGUUGGGGGGGGGUUCCGUGAUGACAGCACUGAGCUUUGCAUUGUUGACCUCCAAAGGGCCCCAGAAACAAGACCCCUCUGUUUUCACAGGAAAAACGGUAGAAAAUAAAAUGCAAGGUUUGUUGUUUACAA